AAAAGCCCAGUUUACUCAUUUGUUUGGGCAGUAGGGUGGUUCUGUCAGGGUCUGGAUUGGAGUAACAAAGAACCGGACUCUACGUUUUAUGGUUGGAGUCUGAGGAGUAAAACCAGGAUUCCCCUUGCCGCAAAGAGUCUACAUGUCUAAUAUUUAGACAUGUUCAGCUUUGUGGAUAUUCGGUUAGCGCUGUUGCUGAGCGCAACAGUACUAUUGGCGAGAGGUCAAGGAGAGGACGAUAGUGGAUUCGGCAGCUGCUCGUUGGACGGCCAACAGUACAACGAUAAGGAUGUGUGGAAGCCUGAACCCUGCCAGAUCUGCGUCUGCGACAGCGGAACCGUUAUGUGCGACGAAGUGAUUUGUGAGGACACAACUGACUGCGCAGACCCUAUCAUCCCCGACGGCGAAUGCUGUCCUAUCUGCCCCGAUGACUCCGAGACAGAGGGUCCCCAGGGGCCAGUAGUGUCUGAGACAGAGGGACCAGAGGGAGGAGUUGGCCCCAAGGGUGAUGAUGGUCCUGAGGGUGUUCCCGGUAACGAUGGCAUGGACGGCCAGCCUGGCCUUCCCGGCCCCCCGGGCCCCCCUGGACCUCCUGGCCUUGGCGGUGGAAACUUCUCUCCUCAGAUGCACCACGGUUAUGAUGAGAAAUCCAGUGGCGGCCAGGCCCAACAGGGACCAAUGGGGCCAAUGGGUCCCCGUGGUCUCGCUGGUCCACCAGGAAACACUGGUCCCCCCGGUCAUCAUGGUCCCCCUGGUGAGCCCGGUGAGCCUGGCGGUGCUGGUCCCAUGGGUCAACGUGGUACAAUGGGCCCCCCAGGCAAGAACGGAGAUAAUGGUGAGCCUGGCAGGUCUGGUCGCCCCGGUGAGCGUGGUUCUGCCGGCCCUCAGGGUGCUCGUGGAACCCCUGGAACUCCUGGCCUCCCCGGCAUCAAGGGACACAGAGGUUUCAAUGGAAUGGAUGGUGCCAAGGGAGACGGUGGCCCAGCCGGCCCUAAGGGAGAGGGUGGUGCCCCUGGAUCCAGCGGUAACCCCGGUGCUAUGGGUGCUCGUGGUCUUCCUGGUGAGAGAGGCCGCCCCGGACCCGCUGGCCCUUCUGGUGGCCGUGGUAAUGAUGGUAACUCUGGUCCUGCUGGAUCCCCUGGACCCACAGGCCCAUCUGGUUCCCCUGGAUUCCCCGGAGGCGCUGGAGCUAAGGGUGAGACCGGUCCUCAGGGAGGCCGUGGCUCAGACGGACCCCAAGGAUCUCGUGGAGAGCCCGGUAACCCUGGACCCGCUGGUGCUGCUGGACCCUCUGGUGCCCCCGGAAGUGAUGGCCAGUCAGGAGGCAAGGGUGCCACUGGUGCUGUUGGUAUCUCUGGUGCUCCUGGUUUCCCAGGAUCCCGUGGCCCUGCUGGACCUCCCGGAGCUGGUGGUGGCCCCGGCCCCAAGGGUAACCAUGGUGAGCAAGGAGCCCAAGGCUCCAAGGGAGAGCCCGGUGUAAAGGGAGAGCCUGGUUCUUCUGGUCCUGGCGCCCCCGGCCCAUCUGGGGAGGAGGGAAAGAGAGGUGCCCGUGGUGAGCCUGGUGGAGCUGGUGGUGCUGGACCCCCUGGGGAGCGUGGUAUGCCUGGUAUGCGUGGUUUCCCCGGCUCUGAUGGUGCUGCCGGUGGCAAGGGUGGCCCUGGUGAGCGUGGAGCCAAUGGACCAAUGGGAGCCCAAGGUGCCACUGGUGAGGCUGGUCGCCCCGGGGAGCCUGGCAUGCCUGGAUCCAAGGGUAUGACUGGUAGCCCUGGCAGCCCUGGCCCCGAUGGGAAAGUUGGCCCUGCUGGUAUCACUGGAAACGAUGGUCGUUCCGGACCCCCAGGCUCCUCUGGAUCCAGAGGUCAGCCUGGAGUUAUGGGAUUCCCUGGGCCCAAAGGACCUGCUGGUGACAGCGGCAAGCCCGGUGAGAGAGGAGAAGCCGGAGCUGUUGGGGGUGUUGGUGCCCCUGGCAAAGAUGGUGACUCUGGUGCUCCCGGACCACAAGGCCCUGCUGGAGGUCAAGGAGAGAAAGGAGAGGGCGGCCCCGCUGGUCCUAACGGAUUCCAGGGUCUGCCUGGAACUCAGGGAGCUACUGGUGAGCCUGGCAAGGCUGGUGAUCAGGGUGUGCCUGGUGAGGUUGGAGGUCCCGGCCCCAGUGGAUCCAGAGGUGACAGAGGUUUCCCAGGUGAGCGUGGUGGCAUCGGCUCUGUCGGCCCCUCUGGACCCCGUGGACCUAAUGGUUCUCCUGGUAGCGAUGGUGCUAGGGGUGAGACUGGACUUGCUGGUGCCCCUGGCGGUAUGGGAGCCCCAGGUCUGCAAGGAAUGCCCGGAGAGCGUGGCUCAGGUGGCAACUCUGGUGCCAAGGGAGAACGAGGUGAUGGUGGCCCCAAGGGAGCCGAUGGUGGCCCAGGAAAAGACGGCAUGCGUGGUAUGACUGGACCCAUCGGACCCCCUGGACCCACUGGUGCUCAUGGAGAGAAGGGUGAGGGUGGUCUUGGCGGCCCCCCUGGUCCCGCUGGAGGUCGCGGUUCCCCUGGUGAGCGCGGUGAGCAUGGUGCCCCUGGACCUGCUGGAUUCGCUGGACCCCCUGGUGCUGAUGGUCAGCCUGGCAACAAGGGAGAGACUGGUAACAACGGCCCCAAAGGUGAUGCUGGUGCUCCUGGGCCCGGUGGAGCGGUUGGUGCUCCUGGACCUCAGGGUCCUGCUGGUAAUGCUGGUACGAAAGGAACUCGUGGUGCCGCUGGGCCCCCUGGUGCUUCUGGUAUGCCUGGUCCUGGUGGAAGAGUUGGCCCUCCUGGUGGAAGUGGAGCCCCCGGACCCCCAGGCCCCCCCGGCCCCUCUGGUAAAGAGGGACAGAGGGGUGGACGUGGUGAAACUGGUCACGCUGGUCGCCCCGGUGAGGCUGGAGCCGCCGGACCCCCAGGACCCCCAGGACAAUCUGGAGCCAAGGGUAAUGAUGGCCCAAUGGGAGCCCCAGGAACCCCCGGACCCGGAGGUAUUGCUGGACAGCGUGGUAUUGUGGGGGGCCCAGGAGGAAGGGGAGCCAGUGGUAGCCCAGGAGUUCCAGGGCAAGCUGGGGAGCCUGGUAAGCAGGGACCUGGUGGCCCCGUCGGUGAGCGUGGAUCCCCUGGCCCCAUGGGACCCCCUGGCCUGUCUGGUGCACCCGGUGAGGCUGGUCGUGAGGGUUCCACUGGUCACGAUGGUGUUGCCGGUCGCGAUGGACCCCCCGGUCCCAAGGGUGACCGUGGUGAGAAUGGUAAUGCUGGUUCCCCUGGUGCUCCUGGACCUCCCGGUGCCCCCGGUCCAUCUGGUGCUUCUGGCAAGACUGGUAGCCGUGGAGAGUCUGGUCCUGCUGGUCCUGCUGGCCCUAACGGUCCUGCUGGUGGUCGUGGGGGUCUUGGCCCUGCUGGUGCUCGUGGAGACAAGGGAGAGGCUGGAGAGGGUGGAGAGAGAGGCCACAAGGGACACAGAGGUUUGAGCGGCAUGCCCGGACUUCCUGGACCCGCUGGAUCCCCUGGAGAGUCUGGGCCUGCUGGACUUAACGGACCUUCUGGACCCCGAGGACCCCAUGGUUCUUCUGGCUCCACUGGUAAAGAUGGCAUGAACGGUCUGCCUGGACCCAUCGGACCCCCCGGACCCCGCGGUCGCAACGGAGAGAUGGGACCUGCUGGUGCUCCUGGUUCUCCUGGUCUGCCCGGACCUCCAGGUCCCGCUGGCGGCGGCUUCCAUGUCGCACCGAUCUACAACCAGGAGAAGGGACCUGACCCCAUGCGAGGAGGAGGAGGAUACCAUUACCGCGCUGACGAGCCUGACAUGAUGAACGGCCGAGACAUGGAGGUGGACACCACCCUGAAGAGCCUCAGCCAGAAGGUGGAGAACAUCCGCAGCCCUGAGGGAACCCAGAAGAACCCCGCCCGCAUGUGCCGUGACAUCAGGAUGUGCCACCCUGAAUGGAAGAGCGGCCAGUACUGGGUGGACCCCAACCAGGGCUCUCCUCUGGAUGCUGUCCAGGUCUUCUGCAACAUGGAGACUGGAGAGACCUGCAUCUACCCAUCCCAGGACACUGUCCCCAUGAAGAACUGGUAUACCAGCAAGAACAUCAGGGAGAAGAAGCACAUCUGGUUCUCAGAGUCUAUGGACAACGGCUUCCAGUUCCAGUACGGUAGCGAGGGCUCCAACCCAGAGGACGUCAACAUCCAGCUGACCUUCAUGCGCCUGAUGUCCAACGAGGCGUCCCAGAAUGUCACGUACCACUGCAAGAACAGCGUGGCCUACAUGGACAAGGGCACGGGCAACCUGAAGAAGGCCCUGCUGCUCCAGGGAUCUAACGAGAUCGAGAUCAGAGCUGAGGGCAACAGCCGCUUCACAUACACUGUGAGCGAGGACGGCUGCACGUCACAUACUGGCACAUGGGGCAAGACAGUCAUCGACUACAAGACAUCAAAAACAUCUCGUCUGCCCAUCAUUGACAUCGCUCCUAUGGACGUUGGUGCACCUGAUCAGGAGUUUGGCGUGGAAGUUGGCCCUGUCUGCUUCGUAUAAAAUCAAAAAGAAAUAUGGACAUGAAAUUGUUUGCAGUCAUCUCUAAUUCUAUUUUCUAUGCAUUACCUACAAACUCAUUCGGCUGCCACUGUUCCACGAGCUUAAAACUACUCUGCUGAAGACGUCGUUUGCAUGUUUUUGAUUCUGAAGAAAAUACAUUUGGGGGACUGCUACUUCAACCGAAACUUACAACAAUCAAGGACACUUAAAAAAUAAUAUUUUGUUUCCACUGGCAACAAGAAAAUAAGUGUAAUAAGAAGUGUAAAAUCCCCAUGGAGAAACACAAUGAGAUACAGGUGACUUUUUUGCCGUUUUUUACCACUGCGGAAGGACAAUGAAAGCAACAAAUGCUAUGUACCAUUUUCUGGUAUUAAAUACAUCUUAAAAACGACAGUGAAGUGUCUUCUUGUUCUAAAUUUAUGACAGAAAAACACCUGAACAUUCACAUUAAUUUUGAAUACAUUAAUGGCUACCUCAGAGAAGAACUCCAUGUUACCCAAAAUGUUUCACAAACCCUAGGGCCGAUUUUACACUACAGGAAUAUUAUUGGAUAGAAAACAAAUGUCAAAGGUGCUAUAAUAUCAACUCAUGAGGUCCAGUUAUUGGUCUUUGUUAGAACAAUCUUUCCUGUCAUAAUUAUCUAACAACCAUCGGAUCUUUGGUGCUAACAAAUCAACACGCUGUCUUCCUUGUUGUCAGGCUAGUACAAUUGUUUUCUUUGUCAAGUGUUGGUUAAUUAACAGUUCUGAAAUGUGUUUUACUGUGGAAAUAAUGCAUGCCAAUGGUGUCUGGUGUGGAUUUAGGGAAGUGGUUUUGUUUUCAGUUGUAUUUCAUUUCCCCAGCUGAUGUUUCUGUUCACCCUCUAUGCUACCCUUGUGAUUGUCCCUAUCACUGCAUCACUAAAGCACCACUCAAACCCUCCUGAUGUUUGUGUUUUGUUUGUUGAAGAAAAACGUUUUAGGUUUCUAAAAAAGGAAAAGAAUUUUACAAAAUCUGAGAAGCAGACACACCUUCAUGGUUUUGAAAAAAAGAGAAUCUGUACUGAUGUUGUACAUGUAUAAUAAAUCAAGAUGUUUUUAAUUAUUUGGAUGCUGAAUAAAGCAUGUGAAGUGGUCUACACAA